UUGUUCAUUCAGGAUAGGGAAUCUGUUCCUGCACUCUCUCGGGCGUUUCCCUGGUUCUACCACGAACUGCAAAGACUUUUACUGUCAAGCUAAGGGUCACAGCCCACCCCGACAUCUGGAAUGAGUUCUGCGUGGGAUGAUUUGAGCCUCCUUCUGGAUACGCCAGACUCACUAUCGUUACCCUCUAGAGGAAGCAUUAAAGAGAAACCAGGUUUCAAUCCAGGUGAAGAUGCGGCGGCACUUAGGAAGGCCAUAGAAGGAAUUGGCACCACUGAAAAGACUCUGAUCGACAUUCUGACUCAGAGAACAAACGCUCAGCGUCAGCUCAUCUGUAAAGCAUACAAGGAUGCAACAGGAAAGGACCUUGCAGAUGCCUUGGAGGGAGACACUCAUGGUGAUUUUGAGGACAUCCUUGUGGCCCUUGUCACCCCAUUAGCUCGUUUUGAUGCUCAGGAAGUUAAACGAGCAAUUAAAGGAACUGGAACGACAGACAGAACUCUGAUAGAGAUCUUUGCAUCCCGAUCAAACAGCCAAAUCAAAGCUUUGUCUGAUGCAUACUUACAAGACACUGGAAGAGCAUUGAUUUCUGACCUGAAGUCUGAUGUAUCAGGGGAUUAUGGGAACGCUCUGCUCAUCCUAGCCGAGGGUAAGAGAGACGAGAGCAAAAACAUGGAUGCUGCUAAAGCUAAAGCUGAUGCCAAAAUCCUGUAUGAGGCUGGAGAGAAGAAGUGGGGCACAGAUGAGAGCAAGUUCAUUGACCUCCUUUGCCACAGAAGCGUUCCUCAACUCAGACAAACACUGGUGGAGUACAAGAAUCUGAGUGGGAAGACUCUGCAGCAGAGCAUUGAGAGUGAGAUGUCAGGAAAAUUAGAGGACAUUUUAGUAGCCGUAGUGAAAUGUGUGAAGAGUGUACCAGCUUACAUGGCAGAGCUGCUUUACAACAGUAUGAAGGGUGCAGGAACCACUGAAUCCAUUCUGACUCGGAUCAUGGUAUCCCGCUCAGAAAUCGAUAUGAUGGACAUCAAAACUGAGUACAAAAAGAUGUUUGGCAGCUCCUUAUAUACAGCAAUUGAGUCUGAGACAGCAGGAGACUAUCGGCAGACACUGCUGAAGCUCUGCGGCCCAGACUGAGCUACAUGAGACCCUCGUCUGAAGAGCUUCAGUACAAUUAAUGCAAUAGAAGCACCAGAUCCUUAAUAUGUGAUAUAUCUGACAUAUAUUUUACCCAUGUACCAAAGCUGGUGCUGGUGAAUUUCAUAAAACAACACAAAUGAUUUUAUAUAUAUGAAGUAGAUACAGUAUGUAUCCAGUGUAGGUUAAUAUUGUACCAGUAUAACAGACUGUGAUAAUUUUCAUGUUCCAGUUUAUUACACUGAAAUCAUUUAUGAAAUAAAAUUGUCAACCAACAAA